AUGUCGACGCGGGUAGUGGUCAGUACGACAGUUUAUGCAAAAGAGACCGAUACCAGGCGGCUGGUACUCGUCCGGACCGACUUGUCUUCCGGUCCCGCCUUACGCCUUUGUUGGCGUGGUGGGAGAGUUGACUAUGUCGGGCCGUAUUUGCCCGUAGUGGCGGUUGGUCGUUGCGGUGCCUUCGGCCUGCAAUGGUUCAUUUUUCCACUUGUGGUUAAUGUGUUAACAAAUUUAGAAAACUCAAAUAUUCGUGCCAAGAAUAUUAUGAAUUUGUGUUUUGACGUAAGCACACAAACGUAUAAUCAGUAUAUUGAUAUAUUUUAUUUAAUAGAAACAACGAUAGCGUCGUUAGCAGUAUACAUAUUGAUAAUGAUAGACUUUUUAUUAAUUUCACUCUGUUCAGCUAUAAUUUCUCAACAAGAUGUACUCAUUAAUACGUUCAAAAGUAUCGGUCACAACGAAGAACCUCAAAUAAACCAUUACAAAGAAAUAAAAUCAAUUCUACAGGAUCAACUACAACUUAAUUUGAAAAUCAAAUUGUUUUAUUCUAUUAUGAAACCAACAAUCUUACUAAGCGUUGCAAUGGAUUCAUUCUAUUUCAUAAUCUUGACGUACUUAUUCAUUUUGGUCUGCUUGAUACCGGGAUCAGAGACAGCCCUAACCUUAAUCAAAAUCGGUUCAUCAGUUGUCUAUAUUGCUUCAAGGUUAUUCAUUUAUUGUUAUUUGUUUGAAAAUAUUAACAUACAAAGAGAAUUGGUCAACUUUAGCAUAUACUCUUGUAAUUGGACAAAGAUGAAUUUAAAAUUCAAGAAUUUGUUACUAUUUACAUUGCGGAUGAAUGAUGCUAAUCAAAUGGUGAUAAAAGCUUCGCCGAAAAAAAUCAUCGACUUACAACUAUUCGCUAACAUUAUGUCAACGUCCUUCAAUAUGGUCCCUGUUUUGUUGAAAAUCACUAACUCAGAAAAUCACAAGUCACAAUAGAUUUAAACUUAAACCGCUAUAUAACCUUAA